CCCGGAGCACACACCAUGAUCUACACGGUGACGGUGGCCACGGGCCACCAGUGGUUCGCGGGCACGGACGACUACAUCUUCCUGACGCUGGUGGGCAGCGAGGGCAACAGCGAGCGCACACUGCUCGACAAGCCGCUGUACGAUGACUUCGAGCGGGGAGCGGUGGAUUCCUACGCCAUGACCGUGUCGAAUGAUCUUGGGGAGAUCCUGUUGGUGAAGAUUGAGAAGCGCAAGUACUGGGUGCAUGAUGACUGGUACUGUAAAUAUAUCACCAUCAAAACCCCCCAGGGUGAAUACAGGGAGUUCCCCUGUUACCGGUGGAUUGCUGACGACAAGGAGAUCGAGUUACGGGAUGGGAAAGCAAGAUUACCCCGUGAUGACCAGACUCAAAUCGCUAAACAGCAUCGACGCAGGGAGCUGGAGCAGAGGCAGAAGUCUUACAGGUGGAAGGAAUGGCAUCCAGGUUUCCCGCUGAGCAUUGACGCAAACUUCCACAAGGAUUUGCCCCGAGACAUCCAGUUUGACACGGAGAAAGGAGUGGACUUUGUGCUGAACUACUCCAAGGCGAUGGAGAAUCUGUAUCUGAAUCGAUUCAUGUACAUGUUUCAGACUUCAUGGACUGAUUUUGCUGAUUUUGAGCAGAUCUUUGUCCAAAUUAGCAAUACAAUUUCAGACUACGUCAUGCAGCACUGGCAGGAGGACUUCAUGUUCGGCUACCAGUUCCUCAACGGCUGCAAUCCUGUCGUUUUUGAGAAGUGCAACAAACUCCCGGACAACUUUCCAGUCACUACUGAAAUGGUGGAUACCAGCCUGGAACGGAACCUCACCCUAGAGGAAGAGAUUAAGGAAGGUAACAUUUACCUGGCAGACUAUAAGAUCAUGGAUGGAGUUCCUGCCAACGCUACAGACCCCUGCACCAUGCAGUACCUGACAGCACCCAUCUGCUUGUUGUACAAUAACUUAAGGAAGAAGCUGGUCCCCAUCGCAAUCCAGUUGAAACAGGAACCUGGCCCUGAAAACCCAAUCUUUCUCCCCACUGAUGCAAAGUAUGAUUGGUUACUGGCCAAAAUCUGGGUGAGAUCAUCUGACUUCCACGUACAUCAGACUGUCACCCAUCUUCUGCGGACGCACCUUAUCUCGGAAGUGUUUGGUAUAGCUAUGUAUCGCCAGCUCCCAGCCGUCCACCCGCUCUUUAAGUUGUUGCUGCCUCACGUCCGAUAUACGAUUGCGAUCAACACAAAAGCGAGGGAGCAGCUGAUUUGUGAGUGUGGUCUCUUUGACAAGGCGAACGGCACUGGCGGCGGUGGUCAUGUCCGCAUGGUGCAGCGUGCCAUGGAGGACCUCACGUUCCAGUCACUCUGCUUUCCUGAGGCCAUCAAGAUGCGGGGAGUUGAGAGCAAGGAGAGUCUGCCAUACUAUCACUACAGGGAUGAUGCAAUGGUGGUCUGGGAUGCUGUGAUAGGCUUUGCCACAGAGAUAGUCAACAUAUAUUACGAUGAUGAUGAAGCUGUUCAGACAGACACUGAGCUGCAGGCCUUUGUGAAGGACGUGUUUGUCUAUGGGCUCAAAGACAAUAAACGUUCAGGAUUCCCUAAAUCAGUGAAGACGAUUCGGAAGCUCAUCGAGUACGUGACCGUGAUAAUAUUCACCACUUCCUGCCAGCAUGCUGCAGUCAAUUUUGGGCAGUAUGACUGGUGCUCCUGGAUCCCGAACGCCCCACCCACAAUGCGGCGUCCUCCACCCUCAGAGAAGGAGGUUGUGGACGUGGAGUACAUCAUAGAGAGUUUACCAGACAGGGGGCGGUCAUGUUGGCAUCUGGGCGCAGUGUGGGCACUCAGCCAGUUCCAGGACAACGAGCUAUUUCUUGGAUCGUAUCCUGAUGAACAUUUCAUAGAGCAGCCUGUCAAGGAGGCCAUGGAAAAUUUCCAGAAGAAUCUCCAAGAAAUUUCAAAUCGCAUUGCAGAAAGAAACAAGGAUAAGAAGCUGCCUUAUUAUUAUGCAUCUCCAGACAGAAUCCCCAACAGUGUUGCGGUGUAGGAGUUGGGGGCAGGGAGGUCCUUUCUGGUGUUCUGGAACUAGUGCUCUGUCUGCUUGGACCAUGUUUGCUGCUCGCUCUGCUUGUUUGCCCUCAGCCAGCAACCUGUGAGGACAUUCUUCAUCGAGGUCUUUGAACUGCCUUCUGCUCGAAUCCUGCUGAGGAGGUUUGAUGGUGGUUCCAGCAGUGCCAGCCUCUGGCGCACUGGAUGGGACCUUCUCCUUCAACUCACCAGACCAGCAAACGCCUCAGCUCAGCUUGUUCCAGUCUUGUUGCCAUUUCAUAACUUGUUCACAUUUGCUUUUUUCACUUUGAAUGUAGCCACUGCUGGCAAGGCAGCACUUAAACCCCAUCCAAAAUAUCUCAAGUAACUGGUGGCAAAAUGCUGUGAAGUUCUCCCUAUGCUGUUGGAUGGAGAAUUGCAUCAUCUUGAAGGAGUUACAGGUUAAUAUCAGCAUCGUAAGUCUACUGAUCGUCAUCACAACCCAUCUGGUUUGGAAGGGAACCUGCCGUUCAUGAAGAAACGAGGAACUGCAGGUGCUGGUUUACAGAAAAAAAGACACAAAGUGCCGGAGUAACUUGGGGUCAAACAGCAGGGAUAAAUGUUCUGCAGAGAUGGUGCCUGAUCCACUGAGUUACUCCAGCUCUUUGUGACUUAACCUGCUGUCCAUGCCCUGUCUGGCCCUUGUGAUCCGGGCCCAUCAAUGUGGGGCUGCCUCACAACUUGCCAAGUGAGUCUCUCAGUUGAAGGACAAUUAUGGAUGGGCUUUAAAUGCCAACCUUGCCUGUGACACCAGCAUCCUGUGAAGGAAUAAAUUAAUAUUUAAUA